AUGUCUGCCAGCGACGGAGGCGACCAUCCCCCGCACCGUCAGGACACCAGCGACACGCGUGAUAGCACUGUAUCCCAAGACAACACCACCACCAACGGGGUCGCCCCCGGCAAUAGCCGCACUCGCCCUGCCAACCUGCGAGACGAAGCGAAUGGCGACGACAACAGUGGCUUCGCCACCUCCGACUUCCCGCCACUUCCCACCCAUUCCAACUACCCUCUGUUCGCCGAGGUGCGUCGGCUGAAGGAGGCGCUGCAGACCGAGAACCGCAAGGUCGCCGCGCUGGAGGAAGAACUUGCCGCCAUCAAGCGCUGGUUCGGCCAGGCGCCCGCCGAGGUCGCGGCGCUUGUCUCCAGCAAGGCUGCCAAGAACCAUGCGGUUUCUGAUGGCGCUACAAGCGAUGCCGGCGGUAGUGCUCAUACUGGCGGUAGGGCUGGCAGCGCCAGUCACGAGCGCUUCAGGCAGCGCACCGGAAACCCUCGCAGCAGCUUCUUCACCAACUCUCGCGUCGACCUCAACUACAACUACCGCACCAACCACGGCCAGGACACGGGAGGCAAUAGACGGGAUGGCAGUGAUAUUGCUGCUACUCGUCUCAGGAAUGUCGGCGCUGGUGGUGCGCAGGGAAGGCUGGAUCUCCCGGGCUCGCAGCGCGGCCAUGAUGGUGACGAGCACGGUUCUGGACUGGUCGCCACCAUUGGCUACAGCGUUUCCAGCCGCCGUGAUGGUCGUGGCAGGCGUGGUCGGGGCGGGCGUGGCCGCGGUGGUAGUAGCGAGACCGGACGCUCUCGUUACGUCCUCAACCCUGCCGACUACGGCAACCCGUUUCCUGGCCCUAACACUGCUGCUGGCGGUGGCUGGGACAGCUAUGAGGAUAAGGAAGGUCUGGGCGAUUGGUAG